AUGAAAAAUGAAACAAAUCUCUAUUUUCCAGAAAAAAUUAUUUUAUGGAUAUAUUUUGGUUAACUUAAUGGAUUCUUAAUCAAAAAUGAAGAAAGAAAUUCGACAAUAUUUUAAGAGGAUUAAUAUUUAUAUGCAAUUUUUGAUUAUGCAAAUAUUGUUAACCCAUUAAGUUAAUAUAUAAAUUUUGAGAUUAUGGCUUAUGUUAUCAUUCUUCAACUAAUAAUAUUUUAUGUGUCCAAUUUUACUUUAAUGAUUAUCAAAUAAGUAAAUAAUUGAUUAUAUAAUAAGCAAAUAUAUUUAGUUUCUAUUUACUUUAUGUUAUUUAACUGGAUAAUGAUUUGCCCAUUUUAAACUAUCUUUGUAAUGGCUACUUCUAAAAAGUCACUUAAUAACUCAGUUAUUUAUGAUGUAAGCUCAAAUGGACAGAUAUUUUUGUUAAUUAUAUCUUUAUUAGGAACAAUACUCAUUUUUAUCACCUCAACAUUAUCAAAUUUUAUAUUCAAAAAAAGAGAAAUUAAUUAGAAAAUGCUUCUAAAAUAUGAUUUUAAACUAGCUUACACUUUAAGUCCUCUUACUCAGUUAUAUAUUAUAAUCUCAUACACAAAAUACAAUCAAUAAUUAUAUAUUGUAAUACAUUUAUUACAUUUUCUUAUUAUGAGCAUACAACUUAUCAUAGCAUUUUAAUUCCCUUUUGGAUUUACUUAAACCUCUCUCCUCUUUAAUUAAUUGACGAUACUCAGUAUAUAUUUUAAUUGUCUAAUUUUUAUUUAGAAACAUUCAAACCAUAGUGAUUAAUUCAUCUUUUUAUCCUUGUUAAUUAUUGGAAUGGUAAAUAUUUUCUUUAACUAUAUAGUUAUUAUGGUAUUCAGUUCAUUUAUUAUUCUAUAGAAGAAUGGAUAAAAUUGUAAAUAAUUUCUGUUCAAAAAGAGAAACAUUCUAUUUAGCUGAAGUCUUAGAAUAUUUCAUUUAAACUCACUCAUACACUUUUUAACAUUUAUUAUAACUAAAUAUUCAUAGAAUGAAUUGUUAAGAUUAAUUAUGUCCAUGUUUUGAUUGCCAGUUAUUAGUAAUAGAUAAUGUUUCAAUAUCUCAGUUAUUUUAGUAACAAAGUAAGAAAAAAAAAUUUGUUAUUUAUAAAUGGCUUGUGUAUUAGUAUUAAACUUACUUAUAGAAGAUUAACUUAAAAUAAAAGAAAAAUGAUUUAAUUAUUUUUAAUUAUUUAUCAUUUCAAAAAAAUUUCUUAGAAAAUCAUGUUUUAACCUGUUUAACUAUUUAUUAAUGCAUUUAAAAAGUAGAAAAAGCAAAAAAUCAAAAUUCUAAUGUGACUAAAACUUUGUUAUAUUUAAUACAAUAAAAAUGUAAAUAAAAAUUAAUAAUAUAAACAUAGUAAUAAAAAAAAAUAACUUAAUAAGAAUUCUUAAUUAUUACCGAUAUAAAUAUUAUGUAUGAAUUAGCUGAUAAUAUUGUUUAAUAAUUAUCGAAAGUAUUAUAAAAGUAAAUAUAUUUGUGGAUUUAAUACUCAAAAAAUGAAAUAAAAAAUUUUGAUUAACUAUUGACAGCUAUUUUCAAUAUAAGAUUAUAAAAAAAGAAUAGUAAAAAUUUAUUUGAAGAAUAUAUAACUUUUAGAAAUUAAUCUAAAGAAACAAUUUAUUCUUUAAGAGUAAAAUUACUAUUUUACUUAAUAGUAUCAUAAGAUUUCUUAUUAAUGACUAAAAUUUAAUCUUAAUUAAUGUAAUUAGAGGAUUCUUAACGAUUUGAUUUUAAUUUGAAUGAUUUUAAUAAUCUGUCUUUUUUAACAGGUUAAGCAUUGUCUAUAAUAUCAAAUAUAAGUCAUGAAAAUUAAGGUAAAUUAGAGUAAUAAAUAACUAAUGAAUUUAAAUCAUUUUUUGGUUAUGUAAAUGAUGAAAAAAAAUUGACUCAUAUCAAAUAAUUAAUGCCAUCAAAAAUUGCUGAAGUUCAUUCUGGUUUAGUUGAAAAUUUUUUUUUUAAAGGACAAAGUGAUAGAAUUAAUAAUAUAUCAAUAGCAUUUAUUUUAAACUCUAAGAAUUUAAUUGAAUAAAUAAAGUUGUGCUUAAGUUAUUAUUUUCCAGUUGAUUUAAGAGACACAUCUUUUUAUAUGAUUGCUCAUAUUUAAAAAACAAUUAAAUCAGAAAAAAAUCUUCAUGACGAAAAUUUGAUUGGCCAUCUUUUAGUAGGUGAAGAUUUUAAUGUUUUUGGAAUGACUCAAAAUAUUUAUGAGAAAUUAAAUUAUAGAUACUUUUCUAAAAAUGAUACUAAUACUAUAGUUAUAUCUCCUUAAGAAUUUUAUAAUGAACACAAUAUAUUUUCAUUGAUACCUUCAUUUUAAGGUAAAUUGCAAAACUAUUAUCAAAGCUAACCAAAAAGAAAAUUGAGAGAUAAUGAAAUUAUCUUAAAUAAAGAGAGAGGUUUGUUAAAAUUAGAUUUUCAUAAAUAAGAAUAAGAAAAUUCAGCUUAAAAAUAGUUUGGUAAGAAAUUUUCUUUUUCUCAACUCACAAGUAAACAAGUUUUAACUUAAAUGAUGAGUGUAAGUAGUGAAUUAUUAAAUUUUUAAUCAAAUGAAAAUGUUAAAUAUUUUCCUAUUGAAUUUACUGUAACAUAAAGAAUAUUACAUUUUUCAAAUCUAAACAAUAAAAUAGAACAAUUUUUAUAUUAUAUGAUUGAAAUUUUAAUGGUAGAAGAUUUUUAAAAAGUAUCAGACUUAAAAAAGAGUAACAAUAGAUUUUUUUAAAAUAAAAUGAAAAUAUUACCUUAAAAAAUAGAAACUUAAAGAUAAUCUAUUGAUAAAUUACUUUAAUUUGAAGCUAUAAAUUUUGUGACAAGUGAUCCUUUGAUUUCGUAAUAUGGAGACAAAGAAGCAUUAGCAAAAGAAUAUAAUUAAGAAAAAUAAAAACAAAAAUAAAAAUCAUUUUCUAAAGGAAUUAUUUAAUUAUAAAAUGAUGCUCAAAGUUAAAGAUCUUCUAUUAUGAAUCUUCCUAAUAGAGUAAACAAAUUUUUUUAAUUUCUUUAAACAAAUAAAUACCCUUCUAUUUUUAUGGGAAUGAUUGGAUUAAUAAUAAUUAAUUUUAUUAUUGUUAUAUUUACUACUAGCUUUACUACUAUUUUAUUUUAUUAGAAAAAAGAAAUUCAAUCUAAUUGUAUAAUUUACACAUUUCAUGAUGUAGAUUAUUUUAAUGGUUUCAGCUUGAUUCUUUCAGGAUCUAGGCAUACAAUAUUAAAUUCUAAUUAUUUAAAUGUUUUAGAACCAUUAGUCUUUAGAUAAGAUAAUUAAAUAAUAAAAUUAACAAGUAAGGAUUGCAUAGUCGUAUCUUGGCAUUUAUUAUUAUCUGGACAACAGGAUUUAGUAGGAAAAUAUGAAAAUUAUUCAUAAAUGCUAUUAAAAUAUGAACAAAAAUAAAUUACAUAUUAUUAUCCUGAUUAUUAGAACUCCAAGAUUUUAAGUUAAGUAUUACUUGAUUAAGCAACUUAUUAUACAACUAUGUACCUUUAAUUUUACUUAACUUAUCGAAGUAUUUUAUCAUUAAAUGCUUAUUUAUCUGGUGGGAAUGACAAUAUUUUUUUGUAAUUAAAUUAUUUAAAUUUAGAGUGAGAAAUAGAUACAUACUUUAUUUUAAUUAUUUAGAUGCCAUAGAGAUUACUAAAGAUUCAAUUUAAUCUUGCUAUGAUUAUAAUAAUGAUGCUAAUGAAUAUUUUGACUCAUUUUGUAAUUCAUGGUUCAUUGCUAUGUAUAUUGUUACUAUAUUUAUUUUUAUUUUUCAUCUUGUGGCUGCUUAUAAAAUAAAAAAGGUUACUUAGAUCUUUUUAAAAUAAUUUAUUUAAAUAGAUUUUGAGGAAAGUUAAAUUGUAAUCAAAUAAUUUGAAAACAUGUUACAAAUUUUAAAUUAAGACAAUAUCUUAUUUAAAUAUUAAGAAUUCUAAGUUAUAAAAUAAAUGCCAUCAAAUAUUUUUCAAGUGUUGUAAAAACAAGAAUUUAAGUAAAAUUAUCAAGAAGAAAAGGAAGUCAAUAAUAGUCAAAAAAAUAGAAUUUCAGCAAUAAAUACAAAAAAAAUAAAUUUUGCUACUCCAACUUUAUCUUUCAAAAAAUUUAUUUUUUUAUUUAUAUUUUUAAUGAUAUUGAAAAUAUCAUUUUUAGCUGUUUUUUAAUACUAUUAUGAUUUUUUAUCUUCAGGCAUUGCACCAUCUGCUAAAAGAGAAAUAUAAUCAUAAAAAAUGAGGUUAGACUUUAUUAUGACAAUUAAUAUGUGGGAUACAUAUCUAUUAAAAUAAUUUUAUGAUGCUACUCAAAAUUUAGUAAAUACUAGUUCUAUAUUUAGUUAUUCAAAUUAAAAUGUCAGAAAUAACUAAAAGUUACUUAAAUAAUUAAAAAUUGAUAAAGAAAUUUUAUUAGAAAAAAUAAAUGAUUUUUAAACUAUUGACUUAACCGAUUUUCUAUAUCAUAAUGCAGAUGAAUAAAAUUAAAAUUUACUAAUUUCUGAAUAAAAUAAAUAAAUUUUAUUAGGGUAGGAUGUUUGUUAAUUAACAGACUGUGACAUGAUGAAUGACUUGUUUAAAGAUAGACCAUAUACAGAAUAUUUGAUUGAAUACUAUUAAGUUGGAUUAAUUUAAUUGUUUAAGAAUGUCCUUUAAGUAAUUGUAGAGCAUAACUAUCUGAUUACAGAUGAAUCUUUAACUCCAGAAUAAAAGGUUUAAGGAAUUAUUUAAAUGUAUCAAUCAUUUAAUUAUUUUUUAUACAUUUUUUAUGGAUUAGAUGCCAUAUAAUUUUAGAUAUCAUAAUUUUGUAAAUAUUUUUUGGAUCAAACAUUGUAUACAUUGGAAUACUUAACUACAUCAAAUAUAGCAUAUGUAACAAUCUUCGGGAUUUUAUUAUUCAUAUUGACUAUAUGUAUUGAAUAUUACAUUUUCUUCAGUUUCUUUAAAUAAUUUGAUUUAGCAAGAGAAACUAUAAAAUCAAUUCCAAUCGAGACUUUAUUUUAAAAAAAUAUACCAAAAAAAUUGAACAAUAUUAUGAUUAAAUAUAAUUGA